AGGAGCAUAUAUUCUUGGAGUAAGUGAAGUCAAAGAAAUUAUUUUGAAUACUCUUCCUGAUUCUGGCAGAGCACACUGAGAUGCAUGAUUCAUAGUGCCCACUCCUUGAGCUUUUCCCUUGUUGGGAUGGCAGAAUACUGAAUCAUGGCUGGUUACGCUGAUGCCGAAGGCAAGGAACCAAUAAAUGAGCAAGCAGUUGCCAACAUCUAUGGUGCCAUGAGAGCUGAAAUCAACCAAGUUUAUUCAAAAAUUACCGAACUAGAGAUGGAAGCAAGCGAGCACUCAUUGGUCAUCAACGCCAUAAAACCACUUGAUCCAUCAAGGCGGUGCUUCCGUAUGAUUGGAGGCGUAUUGGUAGAGCGGACCAUCAAAGAGGUCUUGCCAGCAGUUGAGCGAAAUAAGGAGGGACUUGAGGAGGUUAUUGCCCGGCUUAAUGAGGCCUUGGAAAAGAAGAAAAAGGAAAUGGCAGAUUUUGAGGCGAAGUUCAAAAUUAAGAUUAGGAAAUCCGAUGAAGUAUCGGACGACAGUGCCCGGAAGGAAGGUGCUGCACAAGGAGUUCUUGUUGGUCCUGCUGGUGCAAAUGAAUGAUUUACUUUUUGGGUUUCUUAGUUUCCUUCUGAUUUUGGUUUUCCUUGAAUUUUUGGUAGGAUGUUUUGGCUUUUGUCGCGUGUACGAGACUUGGUGUUUGGUUUAUCCUUUAGAUCAAAUGUAUUGGUCAUGUAUUUUACGAACGGUUGUGCAAUUACUGUAUGUUUCUAGGUCAUCUUGAUCAGUAUGUUCGACUUUCAUUUCACCGAAUCGCUGGUGAAAGUUUUUGUAUUUCGAUUUGGCGAAAGAAUGAUCUACAAAUGAUAUGGAUGGAAAAGAGCUUAGAUUUUGGUC